GCUUCCACCAGCACCACCACCAAAAUGUUCUCUUCCUCCAGAGAUGCCCAAACCCCAAAUCGACGUCCUACAUUCUCCCACGCGUCGUCAUCCGGGGGCUCGACGAUGCGUACCGUCGAUGUGGUCACGCACUCGUGUCUCCCCCCCCUCUCGACGCUACAGAGGUGACCCCACUACUAAUGCUCUGUAACUGCACUGCAGCAGCGGUCACCUGCAGUUCUGAGAGCUCCAACCGUUUGAUUUCUGCGGAAAUUUUCUGAACUGUGGCCUUUUCAGAGGUUUUCUUUGAAAUCGCGUCCGGAACUGAAGCUUUUUGAAGAGUUUUUCUUACUGGGUUUUGCUCAAAACAUCGAACUCCUGAAGGGUUUUUGAGAAUUCAACUCCAACUACCGCUUUUUUUUUUUCUUUCUUUCUUUCUGCGGUUUUUCUUAGAGUGAACCCAUGUUGUGUUUUUGAGAAUUCAGCACAUAAGACUUCCUUUUGAGGGCUGCUUCAGAGGCCCCGUCUGAUGUCUGCAGGAAUUUUAUCGCAAAGUGUGGCUUUUUCCGAGUUUUUCUUAGAGGGUUUUGCUGUAAAGGCUGAGCUCAUGAAAGGAUAUUGAGAAUUCAACAGCAAAAACUACCUUUUCAGUUGGUGAAGAGUUUUUGAGAAUUCAACGUCAAACGCUCCUCUUGAGAAUGGAAUCGGGUGUGGCGCAGACUCCGGCAACGGCAACGGCUGCGGCGACGGUGACAGCUGCGGCAAAGGCGACGGCGACGACUGUGGCGACCAAGAACCCCGAUAAGAGCAAGAGAGAUGAGUGGAGCGAAGGUGGGGUCACAAGCCUGUUGGAUGUGUACGAAUCCAAAUGGUUGCUGCGAAAUCGAGCGAAAUUGAAGGGAACUGAUUGGGAGGACAUUGCCCAGCAAGUUUCUAUAAGAGACAGUGGGAUGAAAGCCCUGAAAACCCCCAAUCAAUGCAAGAACAAGAUCGAGUCCAUGAAGAAACGGUAUCGCAUUGAAUCUUCGGUGAAUGGUCCUGGUUCUUCAUGGCAAUUCUAUGGCAGAAUGGAUGGUUUGUUGAAAGGAACGUCCGUCCAAAAUAGGGGCGGAGAUGUCGGUUUUGGUAAUGGGGUGGCAGAGGAUGCGCCGGUGGCAGUACCAAAGGUGGUGGUGGAUGAUUCCGAGAAUGAUCCAAGGAGAGUUUAUGCUCAGGUUGUUGAAAAAGGUCGAAAUUGUGAGACGGCCGAUUUACAAGGAGAGAAUCAUAUACAGGGUAGUCAUCAGAAUGAUGGGUCAAACACUGUCGGAGAUGAUAGUGAAUUCAGUGCCCCAAAGAGCAAAAUAGGCAAUGUAGGAGAUGGGUCCCGAAAAGUGAAUCCAUUUAAGCGGAGGAAGGGACUAGGGAGCGAGGUUGCAGAGAGUAUUAGGUUGUUGGCUCAUUCAAUGUUGAAGAUUGAGCAGGCACGGAUGGAAAUGUAUAAGGACUCAGAACGGUUGAGGGUGGAGGCAGAGGUUAGGAGGGCGGAAAUGGAGCUUAAGAGGACAGAGAUAAUUGCAAAAACUCAGCUGCAGAUUGCCAGACUUUUUGUUAAGAGACAGCGAAAGGAGGACGGUAAAAGUGGGACUUCUGCUUUGAUUGCUGAACCGAUGGUGUCAGUGGAGACUGAAGAAAAAAAUGGAUGAUUAAAUAAAUAUCAAUGCUCAAAUCAGAUGCUGACAUAGCAAAGUGAUAUAAUGCUUAUUUUUUCAACCAUAAAACUCAUACUGGUAAGAUUUCUGAUAUAUGUAGAUUCACUGAUUGUUUUGUAUGAAUAUUGCAUUAAAUGAUUGGACAAUGUUAAUUUUUUUUAGAAUCUAAGAACUUUGAAGAGAACUUAUAGUCAAGGGACCAAAAAAAUAAGAUUGUCCUAUCAUUAUCAUACUCUUCCCCAAGUCCCUGUAAAUGGUGCUAUGGAACCUUUGUUCUUUCAGUAAUAUUAACAUGUCAUCUUUGAACCAUUUGGUUUGAUUACUUAAA